AUGGCAGGUCUCGUCAUGCUAGAGAUGCUUCCGCGGGCAUGGUUUCUGUAUCUCUUCCCGCUCUUCCUCUUGUUUCUGCAUUAUUAUUGCUUCACUGUGAAUGGGAAGACAGGAAAAGGGCAGCAGCGAGAAAGCCGCCUUCCGCCUUUUCCACCGGCACUGCCCAUCAUCGGACACCUGCACCUCGUCGGCUCUCGCCCGCACGCCUCCCUCCGCGACCUCGCUGCAAGGCACGGCCGCGACGGCCUCAUGCUCCUCCGUCUCGGCGCCGUGCCGACUCUCGUCGUGUCGUCGCCGCGUGCCGCGGAGGCGGUACUGCGCACGCACGACCACAUCUUUGCGUCACGGCCCCGCUCCAUGGUCCCCGACAUCAUCUUGUAUGGCUCAUCCGACGUCGCGCCAUAUGGCGAGCACUGGCGGCAGGCAAAGAAGCUCCUCACGAACCACGUGUUGAGUGUUAAAAAGGUGGAGUCUCUCCGCACCGUCGCCAUGGAACAGGUGAGCAUGGUGAUGGCCAAGAUUAAUGAGGCCGCCGCAGUAGGAGGUGUGAUGGACAUGAGCAAGCUUCUCAAGUCAUUCACAUGUGACAUUGCGUGCCGCAUCGUGUCGGGAGAAUACUUCCUAAAAGAAGGACGAAGCAAGUUGUUCCAGGAGCUCACUAGCGAAACAUCACAUCUGCUAGGAGGGUUCAACAUGGAGAAGUUCUACCCAACAUUGGCUAGGGUAGGAGUAGGGCUGCUUAAGAGGAACAUUAGUGCAAAGGCUGAGAGAGUGAAAAAUAGAUGGGAUGAUCUGCUGGACAAGGUGAUCGAUGAUCAUGAUAGCAAGGACAAGUCAAUGUUUGAUUACAACUGUGGCAAUUUCAUAGACAUUCUAUUAUCUAUUCAGAUGGAGUAUGGUCUCACGAGAGAGCACAUGAAAGCUCUACUAAUUGAUGUAUUUUUCGGUUCAAUAGAGACGAUGUCUAACACUCUGGAAUUCACAUUGGCUGAGAUCAUGAGGAGCCCCCGCCUGAUUGGGAAGCUACAAGACGAGGUAAGGAGUAUCAUACCCAAGGGACAAGAGCUUGUCAGCGAAGCUGACAUUAACAAGAUGGCAUACCUAAGAGCAGUCAUAAAGGAGUCACUCCGACUUCAUCCUGUUGCGCCUUUACUUGCUCCACACCUGGCUAUGGCUGACUGCAACAUUGAUGGGUACAUGGUUCCUGCUAAGACACAUGUCUUGAUCAAUGUAUGGGCCCUUGGUAGAGACUCUAGCUGUUGGGAGGACGCUGAAGAGUUCAUACCGGAAAGAUUUAUAGAAGAAGGAAGUGAUAUGGGUGUCAAUUUCAAGGGGAAUGAUUUCCAGCUCUUGCCAUUUGGGGCAGGACGCAGGAUGUGCCCUGGUAUAAACCUCGGGAUCGCGACCGUCGAGCUUAUGUUGGCAAACUUGAUGCACCAUUUCGACUGGGAACUCCCGCUUGGGGUUGAGAGAAAAGACAUCAAUAUGACAGAGGUGUUUGGGCUAACUGUGUGCCGGAUGGAGAAACUAUUGUUAGUUCCCAAAUCAUGCAUGUAG